AGCCCUGUUGGCUCAGAGCUUGGUGGCUCGUCUGAGCUCGUCUUGAGCGGACAUGCCUCGUCGGCGCCCACAUGGUCGGCUUCCUGGCCGAGACCGCCCAACGGAUUGUAUGCAGUAUGAGGGCGGGAUUGGCCGCUGGACUCUGAGGUUCCAAAGCGCAGGUCUUGAGACGGGCUUCAUGCUUUCAAGGAGGCAGCGGCUGACCGAAUGGACGUCCAUUAUGAUGGUCUGGCUAGUCAUCCUGUGCUCCGGCAUUUCUCUAGCGCAGAACUUCUGGAAUGUUGACCAGUACCCCACAGAUGCGGCUAUGAGGUCCAGGAAGUGGCAGGCGAGCACGCAGAACAGCGGGUUCGUCUUCGUCGACAUCCGGGCGUACGUUGCCCGCGCAAGAUCGCGCGUGCAGUACAGUCGGGGCCCUGAGGAAGGAACCCUUUUCGUUGGGGAGGGGCUCCGUGUUCCUUAGUUGUUUUACAGCGCUCCUUGGGUUUUCCUCAGGAUUUCCAUGGAAAAUCGGAGUUUAACUUAUGGGAAAAAGGUGCCUCGUUCCUUAUUUAUCGUUCCUCAGGUCAACGCCCCGACUGUAAGCGCCCUCGUUUCCAGUGUGGCGUGCCGCGCUGCCGGUCCGCGCAAGCCGCGGCGUGAGGGCCACACGCCUUCUUGCAUCAUGCCGC